AUUGGCUGCUGAUCUCUCUCUCUCUCUCUCUCUCUCUCUCUCUCUCAGACAGUCUUCAGUGCUCGGUCGCCCCUCGCCGUCUCCUCUCCAGUGAUGGAUCACACAAACCACAUGAACCACAUGGACCACAUGAACCACAUGAACCACACCACGGGGGGCACCCACCCCCAUCACACCAUGGCCCCUCCCACCACAGGACAUGACCACGGAGGAGGAGGAGGAGACGAUGGGAACAAUGGAGGACAUGGGGGGAUGGCGAUGACCUUCUACUUUGGCUACAACAACGUGGAGCUGCUGUUCACCGGCCUGCUCAUCAACUCACCCGGAGAGAUGGUCGGGGCGUGUAUCGGCGUCUUCCUGUUGGCGGUCCUGUACGAGGGGUUAAAGAUGGGUCGUGAAGUGCUGCUGCGUCGCAGUCAGGUUAACGUACGCUACAACUCCAUGCCGCUCCCAGGGGCCGAUGGGACGGUGCUGAUGGAGACGCACAAGACGGUCGGGCAGCGGAUGCUAAGCCCCGCCCACUUCCUGCAGACCCUGUUGCACAUCGUUCAGGUGGUUGUCAGCUAUUUCCUGAUGCUCGUCUUCAUGACCUACAACGCCUACCUCUGCAUCGCCGUGGCAGCCGGCGCCGGCAUGGGUUACUUCCUGUUCAGCUGGCGGAAGGCGGUGGUCGUCGACAUCACCGAGCACUGCCAUUAGCCAAGCGUGCUAGUUAGCAUCGCGUCGGGAGGUUUGAUUUCUGCUGAUCACAAUCAAUAAAACUCUAACACUUAGACUCUGUGUUAGCACGCUAGCCGACCUGGAACUACAAAUGUAGUUCAUAAAACGAGACACUAAACUACAGAUGUCGCUAACAUGCACACUAACGUCUGAAGUUAGCGAUCAAUAAAUCCUCGUUUUGCAGAAAAUGACAAUGUUUUGGUUUUUUGUGAACUCCUGCCGGUGAGCGAGCCAGCCAAUCACAGCUCGGAUCACCCUCAGAGGUUUCUGAUUGGCCAAAUCACAUCUCACGUUUUUUUAGUGCCAUGACAACUGGAAGGUUAGUGCCAGCUGCUACUAGCAAAAAUGUUAGCAUACGUAGCUCACCCACGCUUUUAGUUAGCAUCGUUAGCAGCUCGUUAGAAGAGCGACCAAUCGUAAACCUGUAUUUAAACAUUUAUUUAGAAGAUAAUAUAUUCGGUCGUAGAUGUUUCACAUUAAAAUAACACUUUAGAAACAGAUUCUGCAUUUAUUAAAUAAAUAUGGUCGACGUGAAUCAGCUGACGAGCCGCUUCAUCAAUUAAAGAUCUUUAGAUUUUACUGAACGUAUGAAAUAUGACGUUUACAUGUUUCUCUUUAAAAUAAAGAAAUCAGCUCCUGUGAACAUCGAAUUUUCCAACAAAGUAUUAAUUUUUAUAAAAAUGGUUUUCAAAGGUUUCAAAAUAAAGGUGUUCAGAGCGUCUUUUUUUCCUGUUGGAGAACUCCUAUUGGUCCGUGAGCCGGCCAAUCAGAGCUCCGAUGUUUCACAGAACAUUAGAUUGUAAUUAUGCGAUCAUGAAACCUGGAGAUGCUUCUUCAGUUAAAUGAACCCGUUUAUAUUUUGAGAUCAGCUGUUUCCUGUUGCCGCCGUCGGCCUUAAACCCGACACCUGCUGCCUUAACGUGGCCGGCGAGCGUCCUGCUGACUCUGGAGGCCAGUCUUUGAACACGUCGGCGUGGAGGCGCCGCCGGUUUCACUUCAGGACAACUUGAAAUCUCUCGUGUCUUUGUGUAUCUGUGCGAGGAGCCAGCGACAGAUCUGAUGUCAGGAGGCGUCUGAUUGGCUCCUGAUGUCAGAUCUGAUGUCUACAGAUGUGAUUUAUUGUGAUUAUUGGUUUUGUUGUUUUUAAAGAUUCACUCUGUGAGGUAGGCGGAGUUUACGAACCGGACCAAUCAGGUUGCAGGGACAGAUUUCAUUUACUGGACAUUUUAUAGCCGAAACUGUUGAGUGACGGUGAAGGAAAGCGUCUGUGUUGGACGUCCUGUCCGUGUGAAUCUGAUCGUCUCUGAUGAAGAAUGAAGUUGAGUCUUGAUGUCUGAAGGAAACUGUUUUAGCAGAAUAAAUGUUUUAAAUGUCACAAUUGCUGUAAUCGUUGAAAAAAACACAGAAUAAAGUUUAUGAAGAAAA